AUUCAGUCAAAAAGUUAUUUGAUAAGUUUGUUUUGUCUUGAAAAAAAGUUUAUUUUUAUAUUUUAAUUGGAUUUAUCAGCUUUGACAGUUUAAAAUGGCACUUAUUAAUAUCGAUGAUAAUGAUCCCUGGAUUGUUGAGCAUGAUUCUUGUGAUAGAUUUUUUCGUGAUAUUAUGGAAAAAAUAACACAAAGAGAUCGUGAAAGAAGAAUGUCACAAGCAUUUGCAAGUUUAUCAGCAAACAUUAGAUUUCAAUUGAAAGAAUAUUCUGAUAAAGUUUAUCAAUUACGUAGAAAAAUUAAUGAUGAUCUCAAAAUGAGAGCUAUAACAUUUGAUGAAGCUGAAAGAAGAAAACGUCAAGUUGAAAUAUUAGAAAAUAAUAUUAUUAAAAUGACAAAACUUUGUGAUGUUAAAAUGAAUCCAUCAGCAUCUGAACGACCAAGUUUAAUUAAAUCAAGUACAUCAGCAUUUGUUGAUGGUGGUACAACUGGCUGGGGUGAUGAUGAAGAUGAUGAUGAUCCUCUUCUAGAUGUCAAUGUAUCUGUUGAUGAUUUAAAAACUCAAAAUGAUGCUGCAUAUCAAGAUCAAGAAAGAGGACUUGAUGAACUUUACAAAGUCAUUGUUAGACAAAAAGAAAUUGCCCAAACAAUAAAUACUGAAGUUGACAAUCAAAAUGAAAUUAUUGAUGAUCUUGCUGAUCAUAUGGAACGUCUUGAUGACAGAUUAACAGAUGGAACCAGAACAAUUAAAAGUAUUACUCGUAAGGAUAGCACUUGCGGUUAUUGGAUUGUAAUAAUUCUACUUUUUAUUUCAAUCGUAAUAGUUGGUUUGUUAUAAAGAAAAAAAUAUAAAAAAUAAUAUUCAAGACCACACAAAAACUCAUGUGAUAUGAAUUUUUAAUAAUUAUAAUUAUUAGCCAUUAAUUUAUUAUUAAAAUUUAA